GAGUUCAGCAGCUCUUCCGUCGACAAGCCACAGCAAGCAUUACCAAACGCCCUCCAAAUCCAAUCAACAUGAAGUUCUUCGCUGUCCUCGUCUGCUUCUCCGCUGUCCUGGCCAUCGCAAUGGCAUCUACCGCAACUACACCGACCAGCACUCCCAGCACGCCCUCUUCGCCCUCGACCACGACAUACACCUACACCACCAGCCCCAGUUACCCCACCUCCACCUACACGGACACCACCACCACGAAGCCCAUCAAGCAGCAGAUCCUGUCCCUGCUGUUCAACAAGAAGUCCGGAUAGAGCCGCCCAUCAGAACCUCGAUGCUGCCACUUGACACGAUCCUCAUCACCUGAAUAGCCAAA